AAGAAGGAUAGGUAACGAAAAUUGAGGAUGCCCAUGGAUGCUGUAAGGGAGUUUGUCCAAUGUGUGAGUACCUUGGCAUUGGGGAAAACGUGUCAUGACGUUUGACUUCAAAAAUCUGGGGAAUGCGUUGACAAUUUGCGUACUAAAAACUUCUGUGGUGGCGUAUCAGUCGAUUUUUGGCACUUUGAAGUCAGAACCUGAACUCUCUAAGUCUACAAACGCAAGAAACCGAGAUGACGAGGUCUCUUUUGGAGAUUUUUAUCCUGAUGGCUUAUCUAUCAUCAAUCGCAGAGGUUCACUGUGAUUCGUUAUGCACCGAAAAACACCCGACCAAGCUAAAUGAGGAGAACUGUGAUGUUUACUGCAAUUCUCGGUGGGGCAGAGCCCCUCUGGUGAACAAACCUUGGGCGACCGGAAAGUGUCUUCAGGACGGAGACUUAGAUCGAGCGUAUUGCACGUGCAGCUUCAAUGAUAAAGACCUUCAAAAGUUUUUUCCUACAAAAUGCUUUGCUACUGGAGCUUAUGCACCGUUAAGCGAAAAAAAAGCGUUGGCCGAGGAGGAAUACCUGAGACAGGUAUCUGAAAUGAAAUUCGAGGAAAAAUUUGCAUUAUACGCUGAAGCGUACGGAAAGAGCUACAAGUCAGAAGACGAAACACGAAAAAGAAUGCAGAUUUUCAAAGACAAUUUGAUUGUUAUUGAUGAGUUAAAUGAGAAACAUAAGGGCAGAGGCAAUCUCGUUUUCGGAGUCGGCCCUUUCACCGAUCUAACAAGUGAAGAAUACAAAUCUAGUAUUGGGCUCCUAAGUCGUCAAUCUAGCAGCCUUCGACCUCGAGGACUCGAUGCAUGGUCAGACUCAGCUACUACGGGAGGAUCAUCUAAAGGAUACCCAACCUCACCCAAGAAGGAAAGAGUCUCUACCUCACCCAAGAGAGGACGCAGGUCUCCCUCCAGGUCGCUGAGUCCUAGAAGGGACAAUCCCUUCGAGAGGUCUACCUCCCGGUCGCCGAGUCCUGGAAGGGACAAUCCCUCCGGGAGGAAGUCGAGAAGUCGCUCCAAAGAUGACUCCAACGCCAGCACAAGUGGGCGCUCAGGCAAAAAAACUGGGUCGGGACGUUCAAAGUCCUCUCCAAUCAAGGGAACUCCCAGGUCCAGGUCCAGGUCGACGACCCCAAGAAAGGAACGAUUGUGGGUUGGAGAGGAUCCACCUUCGUCGGAACCACUGGGGGCUCCUGUUAACCGUUAUGCUCCUUCCAGCUCCAGGCCUUUGGCAACCCGUUGGAUUGGCAAGGAUCCCGAGGGAGACUCCCUGUCGGACUGGAGGGAUCCCGCAGAUACCUAUCCAGAAGUGCAGAAUCAGGUGUGGUAUGGACGUAUGUGCAGAAGUUGUUGGGCUUUUGCUGUGAAUUCAGCUAUCGAAAUCCUUUGGGCACUGGAGCAGAAAGAGGUCACCAUACUCUCGGCACAAGCAUUACGCAUCAGGUAUUUACAACUCUGAUGAGUGCUUGAGUGACGAAGAAUCUUUGAAUCACGCUGUGACUAUUGUAGGCCAUUAUAAAGAUGCAUGGAUUGUCCGGAAUACUUUGGGCACUGCUUUUGGCUUAGCGGGUCACCUUCUGGUCGAGAAAGGGAAGUGUGGAAUAGGCCACGAGACCUUUGCAGUCUACGGCCCCGAGUUGAUGCCCCAGCCGCAGCCGCAAGGAUAAAACAGUUGUUGGCCACCCUGUUAAAACUAGAGAAUCGGCUAGAAAUAUCCUCAAUUGGGGAAUUUAGUUUACACGUGAUAAAUAUGUUCACAUUAUUUUUCUACCUCAAUCUCAACGGCAUGAAGUCAGACCGUAGGUAAAUUAUGAUCCAUUUGUCCUCGUAGUGCACGAAAACAAAACAUCCCUUCGACAGGCCGAGGAGACUGGAUGGGUUUAUUUCAUAUUUUGAAGUAGAGAAAAUUUACACAUCGAUGAAGUUUUAGCGUUUUAGUUAGUGUUAAGGCUGGUGGUGCGGGCAAAGAGAUCGAAGAGCAUUUCUUUCAGAGGCGGAUCCAGCGAUUUGGCAACACCGAAUUUCCUCCACUUAAACCUAUGCUAAAUAAUCGAUUCUUAUCGGAGCACCUGGCCCUUCGAAGAAUCGAUACAUCCCCAUGUGUUUAAAUGGAGAAAAGACAAUGUUGCCAAUUUGCUGGAUCCGCAAAUGGUUUCUUUUGGCAGACACAUGUAUGUACGAUGAACAUAAAUACACGCCUUAUAUUAUAUUUAUCCUACCUACCAAUAACUUAGAUAAAAAAUUAUCUCUCUUCUUUCUGAUCUCAUUACCAUACUUUCAAAAUGUUCUCAUCAAAUCCCACCUUUUUCAAACGACUUAAUCUCCAGAUUUAAUUUAUUUUUUCUUUGCCCUUUCUUUCAAUUUUUGGACUUCUCCUUUUGAUCUCUGCUCUAGGUCAUAUUGACUGUUAAUUGUUAAAGCACCUAUACAUAAAUAUAUAACAACAACAACAUACGUACAUAAGAUCUUGGCUACAAACGUAUCUACCAACCAACCCAUAUAUUUAAGGAGUUCAAAAAUUGCUCAAUUUUUUAUACAUAUUUCAUUUUGUGAUUUUUUACUUUUAUUUUCCUAUGUAUUCUCGCUGCGACUCCGUUCAUUUUCAACUACAAGCCUUACAACCGCAUGUACACCCUUUUCCUCUCCUUUCUAAACGAGCAUUUAUUUUUAAAUAUAUAUUUUCUAUUUUUCAGUAUAAUAAUCGUCAAAAAUAUAUGUGUUCUUUCCUACGGUUUUCAACGCAUACUUAGCCUCAUGCAGCAGUGGCGUGGCGUGUUUUGCGAUUUAUCGAUUGAUCUCCUAUUUAAACCUAUAGAAAAGGAUCGAUAAACAGGGUGUUUGCAAUGAACACCUUAAUAAUAGAUUCUUUACCAUAAAUGUAAAUGGCGAAAUAUCGAUAAUCGAUCAUUCACGCCUCGCCACCUUCAUUCAGUCAUGCACUGCUGCAACACCUUUAUAUUGCACUAUUACCAACUUGUAACGUAGCACACUGCAACGAAAAUGUGGAAAUUAAAUUACGGUUCAUUGCAAUACAACUACUUUCUUAUUCCAUGA